AUGGCACAUCCAGGGAGCCGGGGUGAGGAUGUCGAGGUCCGCAACCGACUACCCACGUUGAUGGAGGUUUUGGGAAGAAGGACACUGGCACCGGUCGAUUUGUUUUCAUUCUACAUUUACAUGCGCGACCAGCAACGCUCCGUGGAUUACCUGGACUUCUGGCUCGAUGUAUCUCAACACAUGUCCUUGUGUCGUCACUAUGUCCGAGAACUGCGCCGCUCGAUGCUCGUCGACACGCCCGAGAUGGAAAAGACUACCAGCAAAAGAUCUUCUGCGAUGCUCGAACAAUUUGAGUUGGAAGGAGUCGACCCGAGAAAGAGCGGCCAAGAGUCAAGGGUGUCUGCCAUCUUAAGAUCAGACAACGGAGGUGCCGCUGCAGGGGUCAAGCCACCCCGAAGCAGAGGAGAAGGUGGUGCUACCGAUCACUCGCCUUCCCACAGCUUGGGGUCUGCAAAUUCAAGAAACCUCAGCCGCCCCUCCGGUGACCGGCCCUCGCCUUCAGAACUGCCACAACCGACCUACUCCACCCCUGAAGUGCGGACGGACUCGAAUUCUCCCGGGCAUAGUGUCGCUAGGGCCGACAUUAAAGCCAGUGCGGAGAAGAUCCUCUACACCUUUGUCCUGCCGGGAUCGGAGCGAGAAAUAGUUCUGCCAGACACCAUGCUGAACAGGAUUAUUCGGGCAAUUGAGGAGGAAGGACGAGACGAUCCCGAGGUGUUUGACGAUGCUAAGGACUACGUCUUCCAAGCAAUGGAGAGGGACGCGUUCCCGGGGUUUUUGCAGGCCAAGGCUCUGGGAAAUUUGGUCCCGUUGAGUGUGUUGAUCAGGCUGGCUAUUGGCCUGGCGAGCUUGAUGGCCGGGUUUUGGGCUGGCUAUUACAUGAUUCUGAGGGACAGGUCGAGGGCCACUCGCUGCUGGCUUAUCCUUCCCUUUACCAUCGGCUGCUACUUCCUCGUCUCCUAUCAAUACAAGCUCGACAUCGUCGCCGCUUACCUGGGAUUUAGUGAAUACACAUGGAUGAACUGGUCUCGCGUCAGGGAGCCGUUUGUGCGUCGACUGCUUCUGACGCGAGCGACCAUUGCAUUCUUGAUGUUUACGGCAGCGGCGGUGGCGUUGAGUGUCUUGUUCAUAUUUGUACCGGGCACAAGAUUCUAG